UUCUCACCACAGCACACUACUCGCGAUUAAUUGAUGGCAGGAGUGACAGGACCCGGUGGGAGUGGAGGCAGUUGAAAAAGUGCGGAAACUCUCCAUCGUGGUGUAUUACAUACACAUUCAACACGAUAUACAUACAUACAUACAUACGUACGUGACGUACAUCAUACGUGGUUGCGUGUGUUGAACAGCGGCAGGCUCGGCUUUCGACUUUCCAUGCGUUGACGCGGUGAUGUUCGCAUAAUCGGCGUAGUCGACGGUUAAGUUAACAUUGUAAUCGUGAAGCUUCUGAAAUGUCGCGUAUGAGGACGGAGAAGAACGGAAACGGGGCAAAGUGCGAGGUUAGCGUAUGGACACGUGCGAUCACCGCAAACUCCGAGUGGCCGGACAAGGAAGAAUUUCUCGAUGUGAUCUAUUGGGCGAGACAGGCGAUCGGUAUUAUCGUCGGUAUAGGAUGGGGCCUUAUACCACUAAAAGGUUUUAUAGCUCUAUUGUUAUUUGUAGUAGUCAAUGCAGGAAUUACCUAUUUAUACUUUAGCAGUUUCCAACAAAUCGACGAGGAGGAGUACGGUGGUAUGUGGGAAUUGACAAAAGAGGGAUUCAUGACCUCGUUCGCUGGGUUUCUGGUGACUUGGAUUAUUAUAUAUUCAGGAUUGCAUUUUGACUGAUUUACUCGACAAGACCAUGAAUAAAGAGAGCAAUAGCUUUUUCACACGGAUCAUCGCUGCUGCCAAAUUCAUUAUACAUGUGCAAUUGUCACUCUCGUAAUAGAUAUCGUUGUAUACAGACUCAUAUACUGUUACAUAUUGUUACAUAUAAAUAUGAUUUAUCUGUAUAAAAAAAAA